AUACACACUUUCGAACGCUUUUAGUUCAAAAUAAUAUUGUUAGAGCGAGAUAGUUUAGCGUCAAUUUUUGUAAGAGUGACAAGUACAGUAUGAGGUCUUGCAUAUUUCGCUUUCUAAAUCAAAGUGGAAAACUGGAACAAGCUUUCUUAAAAAUAAUUUAUAAAACUACCCCCAUUUAAUUAAGACCGAAUCCAAUAUCAAUUAAUCCAAAAUUGUGAUAAACUAACUUGAUUCAUUAAUAUUUUCGUGCGUGAUGGAUGUGGCUAAAAGAUUUACCAACUAUAAUUUAACUCUUUUAAAAAUAAUUGGAAAAGGCACAUACGGGAAUGUAUAUUUAUGCGAGAAACCCAAAAAUGACAAUCAACUAACAAUAGUGAAAGACAUACAGCUCAACAUAAAAAUUCAAGAUCAUAAGCUGGAUAUUGCAAAUGAAGUUAAAAUCUUGUCUUCAAUGAACCAUCCAAAUAUUAUAAAAUUUUACGAUUGCUACUAUACCGACAAUAAUGUAAUGAUAUCUAUGGAAUACGCCACAAGCGGCAAUUUGGCUGAGUACAUGUAUCAAAAAUAUCCUAAACUAAUAAAGCAAGAGGAAGUUCUAUUCUACUUUUGUCAGGUUUUGCUGGGAGUUAAUUACAUGCAUACUAUGAAUAUUAUUCAUAGAGAUUUAAAAGCAGAAAAUAUCCUAUUGACUGGUAAACACGGCCUUAUAGUCAAGAUAGGUGAUUUUGGGAUCUCUAAAAUGUUGGCCAGCGCAAAGAAAACCUGUACAGUCAUUGGCACUCCAUAUUAUUUGGCUCCAGAACUUUGCGAAGGUCAACCAUAUGAUAGUAAAAGUGAUAUAUGGGCUCUGGGUUGCUUGUUAUACGAAAUGUGUACACAUAAGAGGGCUUUUGAUUCCGAGACACUAGUUGGGCUGGUAAAAGCAAUAACGAGCGGAAGUGUGCAUCCCAUAGAUCUAAACGUUUAUGACAGAGGCAUACAGGAACUUAUAGACGCCAUGUUGUCCAUUCUUCCUGACAAAAGACCAACAAUAAAGGAUUUAAUGGGUCGAAUGGUUGUGCUGCCUGUUAUUUAUACUGUUUUUUUAGAUGCUGGAAAUGAUGAGCUGCUGCUCUUAAAAGCCAAUGAGUUUCUGAACGUAAAAAGUAUUGUAUAAGUGUAUAAGAAAAUAAAAAAUGACAUGUUGGAUAAUACCUGAAUGAUUAAUUUGAUAUAGGAUUUAAUAAAUGAAAUAAUUGACUUAA